AUGAACUCGGUGACUAAAGGACGACAUCGCAGCAGUGCGUCUCUCGAUGGCAGUUCGAGCUUUUCAACGCCUACAAAAGAUGAAAUUGGAAGCUUGAACGUUAUCACAUCCAAAAUUGAAGUAGUUCAAGCUCCAUCGAGUGUAGAAUCGUCCAUAGAGACGCAGCAACAACAAACUUUUACGAGCCUCAUGGGCAAACGUGGAGCUGAAUCAGAACUGAAUGAGGAAGAGCGUGAUGAUGAAACGGAAGAAGAGCCAUCUAGUCUUGUGUCUAUGAUGGAGGAGCAGAUACAAGAACAGGAACAGGAGCAGGCGCUCGUGCAGUGCGUGGGCAUGGAGCAAAGCUUUGACUCGUGGAACGAUUUUCAUCGUGCCAUGGACAUUUAUUGCGAAACGACGCACCAGCCAAUGCGAUUACGAACGUCUGAUUCUGCUAAAGCUGUCAAUUGUCGAGCUGCUAAGCGAAAUAGCUUGAAAGAACCUAUUGACGAGAGUGUUGGGUUCGUCAAGAAACUGUACUUGUGCACACACGGCGUAAAGACAAAACCUCGUGGAAAAGGUAAAAGACCAAGACAGCAUUAUCGCUAUAUGGGAUGUCCCGCUAUGAUUCGAGCUUGCAUCUCGGAACGCAAGCCAAAUGAUCCUGAAACACAUGGCAAGAGCAAGUAUGUCGUCCGUGUUGUGGCUCAAAUUAACAGGCACAACCAUCGUCUGAGCGAGCACUUGUUCAAGUCAUACUCAGAGAGCCGUGUUGUGAUUGAUGAUGAGCUCGUCGUGUUAAAUUCGCAGAGCCGGCAGAAGGAAGAGCAAGUAGCAGUUGCUUCAGUUUCUGCUGCGGUUGCGCCCGUAGAACAACAGCUUGUCACGGCUCAGUCAGAAUUGGAAACCUCUUCCUCGAAAACAAAUUCGCUGUUCCAGACUCAAUCGCUCGACCUCAUACCUGCGUCGCGCGUCAAAGUUCGUGUGGGCUGGAUCGGAACGGGUAUUAUGGGUGCUAGCAUGUGUGGGCAUUUGAUGAAUCUUGGCUAUGAAGCCACUGUAUACAACCGAACGCUUUCGAAGUGUGACGAGCUACGAGAAAAGGGUGCAAGAGUAGCUGGGUCGCCUGCCGAAGUUGCCCAAAACUCCGAUAUUGUGUUCAUCAUGGUAGGGUAUCCUAGCGACGUCAAGUCGGUAGUGCUCGAUCCAGACUCGGGUUUGCUCUCGCGAAUGAAGGCUGGUGGUAUCAUCGUGGACAUGACUACCAGUGAACCUGCGUUAGCGAAGAAGAUAUACGAUGCGGCCAAGCUGAAGGGUGUUUCAACUCUUGAUGCGCCUGUGUCAGGAGGCGAUGUUGGUGCUCGCGACGGAACACUAUCCAUCAUGGUUGGUGGUGACAUGGAUUCUGUCUACUUCACGAUGCCGUUCCUUAGCGCCAUGGGCAAGACCAUUCGCCACAUGGGACCUGCCGGAGCGGGCCAGCAUACAAAAAUGAUGAACCAGAUAUUGAUUGCUACCAAUAUGAUCGGAGUGGUUGAAGGCCUUCUGUACGCGAAAAAGAGUGGUCUGGACAUGGACGAAGCCAUUCAGGCCGUGAGCGCGGGCGCAGCUGGUUCGUGGUCUAUCAGUAAUAUGGGUCCGCGCAUUGUCAAACGAGACUUCGACCCAGGCUUUUUCGUGGAGCAUUUCCUGAAAGACAUGGGUAUCGCUCUUAAAGAAGCAGAGAACAUGAACUUAUCGCUCCCCGGACUUUCGCUAGCACAUCAACUCUACGUUGCCGUAAAGGCGCAAGGACACGGCCGAAUGGGUACCCAGGCGUUGAUGCUCGCAUUGGAACAUUUGAAUGGUAUUUAUCCAGAGAAAACCAACAACGUGGAAGUGGUGUAA